AUGUUGCCUGGCAACCCACGUCUCAUCAGUCUACCAACGGCUGCCCAACUACGAUCCACCACCUACUUCCCCGAACUCCUUAAACGCAGUCAUCCGGAUCAGUUCCGUCCUGCCCCCUACGCC